AUGAAUACCCCGAUUUACCUUAACGAUGUUUGUUACCGUCGCUUUCGCGGUCUGUUGGGACUGCCUGCACUAAACAACAACAGUUUCCCACGUGGUGAUGACAAGGGCGAACACGUCCUCUCCAUGCUACUACACGGGGAUGCCUCCUUCUGCGGCCAGGGCGUGGUCUACGAGACCAUGCAUCUCAGUGACCUGCCUUCCUACACUACUCACGGCUCCAUCCACAUGGUCGUGAACAACCAGGUAAAAACCUUCAUGCCUUCGUCUGUCGCCCCCUCCUCGAUCCCUCAUACAGCAUCGAAUAAUUCAGGGCUAUUUGCCUAG